GCCACCGACCCAGCAGGUUAGUCAACACUGACUGCAAGUCAUCCUGACUACAUACUUUUUAAACAGCUGCGGAGGUGUGCUGUUAGUGUGCUAGCUAGCAGCUGUAGUAGCAGUCAGUAAACUGGGUUAGAGAGCUUGCUUGCUGUCACUUUCUAAACGCUGUUUAGCUACUUAGCUUUGCUACCGAAACGCACAUGGAUCCUCAAAACACCAACAUGAACACUGGGGCGAAGAUGUUGCUCAGCCACGCCAAGACACUCAGGCUUCACACCGGGAACUUAGUCAACAGAAGUCGUCUGAAAAAGAAGUGUCCAUGCUCGCCCAGCGAAGAGCUUCAAGACUGCAUUAAAGCCACACUGAGUGACUGGUUUUCCACGACAAAACUGCCAUUGGAGGAACUUCCAGAUACACUGGACUGCUCCAUUCCCCAGGCGACAGACGCCAUCACACCUGAAGAAAGGGAAGAGCUGAAGGUUUCAGCAAAGCUGUUCUUGUGUGAGUCGGGUCAGUCUUCAAUCAGAGAUGCAGUUGAGAUGGCCUGUCAGACUCUGUCAGUGUCCCAGCUUGACUCUGUCAUCAUAGCGCCACCUGGGCCUCUGGAGGGUGACAGCCAAACUUUGGCCCACCUUCAGCCAGCCUGGGAGGAACUGGAGGCUUUGGUCAGAAGCCAGAGGAUUGCAGCUAUUGGCACCUCUGACCUGGACAAAGAUCUGCUGGAACAGCUGUACAACUGGGCCCAGGUGAAGCCCAGCAGUAACCAGGUCAACCUGGCCUCCUGCUGUGUGAUGCCUCCUGACCUGACAGCAUUCGCUAAGGAGUUUGACAUCCAACUGCUCACACACAGCGACCCCAAAGAGCUGAUGUCGGCAGCCACAUUCCAGGAGGCGGUACAGGAGGGAACACAGGACCUGAAAAUCGCUGACUGGAGACUCGAGUGGGUCCUGCGCUACUCCAUUAUUGUCAAGAGCAGGGGCAUCAUCAAGGCUAAAGGCUACCUUGUCAGUGCGAAGAAGGCAAGCCCCUAGCACACCCCACCAGAGAAGAAAACACAGGGAUGAAGCCAUUUUCCUCCUUUUUUCAUUUACACACACAAAACAUGCAAAGUAAUGGAAUAACGGAUUCUGCCAAUCACCAUGGGUCUUGAAAUCAUUGUUUUAUCUUACAAAUAGGGUUGCAUCUUGAUUAUCUAUGAUUUCUUCAGUUUAACAGAUGCAGGUAUUCAUUACCAUCAUCACAGCGAGAUCAAAAAUAGGAGAUGGACUUGCAAGAUCAACUCCGGUGUCAGUUUUGAGCAAACAGACAGCAGGAUGAGAGUGAAAGUGAGAGUUUCGUAGCUCUCUCCAUGACCAGUACUUUGAUAGUGUAACCAUUUAUCAACACAGCAGAGGCAGUUUUUAAGUACGGAAGAAAUGUAGGUCUCUGAACUUUUUUAACCAAGGUGGCUCCUUAACCUUUCUCUGAUGUGAAGUGCCUCUCAGCUUUUGCUCCUCCUAUCCUCAUACCUGCUUUGUCUUCACUGUCCAUGUGAAUCAAGCUUUAAAUGUUUAAAUCUAAAUGAAAAGAUUACGAGUAGUUAAAGCAAAAAGAAAAAGCUAGAG